AUUUCGAGAUGGGCUUCAUGAUAAGGUUUGUAAUGGGCUAGUUACUAAUUUUAAUGGGCUUACACUAACCAGCUAAGGCCUCAUUUUCUGAGUCCAUAUCGUGGUCAAAGCACUAAUUAUUAAUUGGGCCAGAAUAGGAAAGCUUAUUUUCAGUUCUAAUUUUUUUUUUGUCAAAGGGUAUAAAAGUAGGUAUAUACGGUUGAUAUGGAAAAAAAUUAAAUACAGAUACAGGUAACAAAUAAGGGUAUACAGACAACUGUUACGGCGAAACGAAAGCUGAAAUGUAACAAUAUGAUUGGCGGAAAUAAAGUAAAUAAAUACAUAUGAAUGUGAAGCAUAUUUUAUGGAAUUAUUUUAAUUGGGGAAAAAAUAAAAGGAGAAAAUGCGUUGAACAGGCUGUAUAGUUUUUGUGAACAAAUGGGGGACUGAAGACAACAACACUCUUCUUCUCCCUCUUUGUCCUUUUGACUCUCUCUCUCUCUCCUCCCUUUCCCCACCGGCGAACCAUUCCUUCUCUCUCCUCCUUUUUCCCCACCGCCGACCAUUCCUCCAUUUGCUUCUUCCUCUCUCCUCACCUCAAUUCUCACCAAUAAAGUUUCAAUUUUUAACCUUUUUGUUGAACUCUUCUCCACACUCAGACGUGACGCCGACUCUUUACUGAGUCUCGCCCUGGGGCACUUUUCUCCAGAGGCGAAGACGUUGAAGGACACCAAGAAUGAGGAUUCUCUGUUGUCUCCAGGUGCUUCUCUUUCUCUAUCUCUUCUCUUACCAUCUCUCUGCUCAAUCUCCUCCGACCAAUGCGUCUUCUCUUGAUUCCCUUCUUCAAGAUUACUCCUUUAGAGCUUUCGUCCGUCCCCGCACCGGCAUUCUCUACGACGCCGUCACCGUUCCUCCGAAUCUAACGGGGAUCAAACUCUCCGCCAUGAGGCUCAGAAGCGGGAGCUUGAGGAGACGAGGAGUCCUUUCCUUAAAACAGUUCUCGAUUCCCAAAGGCGUAAUCGUGAAGCCGUACGUGACAAGGCUCGUCUUUGUCUACCAAAACCUAGCGAACUUCUCUCAGUUGUAUUACCCUUUGUCUGGUUACGACUAUGUUGCUCCCGUGGUUGGUCUUCUCGCUUACGAUGCUAAAAAUCUCUCCGCCGUUAACUUACGGGAGCUCGAGAUAACGGCGUCAAAGGAUCCUAUAAGAAUCGACUUCUCUGAUCUGGAACCGAUCCCUCAAGGAGGGAGUGUUGUUGAGUGCGUUAGCUUUGACUCUAGUGGUAAAGCGAGUUUCAGCGAUUCGAUUAAGAACACAUGCGAGACGGAGAGGCAGGGGCAUUUCUCGGUGGUGGUGAAGUCUGUUCCGUCUGCUCCUUCUCCAGCUCCGGGGGGUGAGGAAAGGAAGGAGAAGAAGAAGAGCUCUGAGUCUAACUCAAGAACUUGGAUCACCGUUGGUUCGGUGUUGGGUGGGUUGGUGCUGUUGGGGCUUUUGAUGUUUCUGGUUCUGCGGUGUCGGAAGUACAAGAAGCAGGAGAGGAUGAGGGAGAUGGAGAGAGCUGGGGAGACAGGGGAGGCUCUGAGGAUGACUCAGGUCGGUGAGACGAGAGCACCGACUGCUGCUACGACUCGUACACAACCGGUUCUUGAAACUGAAUACGCAGCUUAGAAGUGUACAUCUUCUUCUUCAUCUUUGAUCAUAUGUUACUGUCUUUUUUUCUUUUCCCUACAAUUAUUUUUCUUUUUGGUAAAGUGUUUUUUUCUGAUUAUUUGUUCGUUGUGAUUAGCAAGUUGAAACUUUACUUUCAUCUUGUUUUAUCUACGGGUGAUUUAAGGAAAUAAGUAUUAUUGUUUUCACCUUUUCUGAUCUCAUAUCACUAAGUUUGGUGGAAGAUAUGGAUUGUUUCUGGAGUACACUCACAUUUUGUUUCCUUUCUAACUACUUUUGCUGUAAAGCAUUGAUCUUUUUUUUGUAAUAAUGUCAUCACCUUUUGUUUGACAAGAAUAUAACUUAAGGAGAUGAUGUCAUGGAUAACAUCCACUCUCAACCUUGAGUUUAGGAUUCUUCAAAAGAUAGUAUUCAAAUGUUUUAUUGUAGCUA